AUGAGACCGCCGCCACCGCCGCGGCCGGCACUGCACGCUAUCUAUCUCUUCUUUUUCAUCUUCUUCGUAUGGAUCCAUUCGGCGGUCUUUUCUCUACGGCCUCUCUCUUCCGACCCAUGCGACCCUACAACGCUACGGGACCCGCUAACUCUACGAUCAGAUCAGAUGACAGUCCUGAUCAACGGCUAUGCCGAGUCCCGGAUCCCCCUCCUCCGCUCGAUCGCCGCCGCGUACUCUGCGUCCCCGUCGGUCGCCGCGGUGCUAGUCCUAUGGGGAAACCCCACCACCUCGGCCCAAACCCUGGCCCAGCUGGCCCACAAUCUCACUAUCCCCUACUCCGACAGCACACCAGUCUCCGUGAUCCAGCAACCCUCGGACAGCCUCAACCUCCGAUUCCUCCCCAGACCGUCCAUCGCGACGGGCGCCGUCCUGAUCGCCGACGACGACGUCGAGGUGGACACCAAGUCCGUCGAGUUCGCGUUAAGGAUCUGGAGUUCGAAUCGUGACCGUCUGAUCGGGUUCUUUGCGAGAUCGCACGAUCUGGAUUUGUCGAGGCGGGAGUGGAUCUACACCGUCCAUCACGACAAGUACUCGAUCAUGCUCACAAAGCUGAUGAUCAUGAAAAGUGAGUAUUUGUACAAAUACAGCUGCGAGGGUGGGCCUGCCAUGGUCGAGAUGAGGAGAACCGUCGAUCGGAUGCGCAACUGCGAGGAUAUCUUGAUGAAUUUUGUGAUAGCGGAUGGGGCCCAGGCGGGGCCCCUGUUCGUGGGCGCGGGAAAGGCGAGGGACUGGGGCGAUGCGAGGAAUGAUGGACGGCCAGGAUUAGAAGAAGAGGAGAACAGGGUAAUAGAGGUGGGGCUGAGCAGUAGGAGAGGAGAGCACAGGAAGAGGAGGGGGGAGUGUAUUAGAGAGUUCCAUAGGGUGUUGGGGAGAAUGCCGUUGAGAUAUAGUUACGGGAAGGUAGUUAAUUCGGUUGGAGAGCAAGGGUUAUGUGAAAAAAAAGGAAAGCUAGUCUAUUGUGACGAGUAGGUUGGGAAUUUAGUAAUAACAAGUACAAAAAUAGCAAAAAAAAAGUGUGUAAUUUUCUUUAAUUAUUAUUAUAUUUUGAAUUUUUUUCC